AUGUUCGGAACGUGGAAGUACGACCCGGAGACGGACCAAGUCCAAAACCUGAGGCGGGCAUAUGACCCCAUCACAGCCCGCUCAAGCCAGCAUCAGGCCUGCAACCGGUGUCAUGAGAAAAAGCUCAAAUGCAGCGGGGACAAGGAUGGCUGCGAUAGAUGCGCUGCCAGCGGUCACACCUGCGAGUAUAGUCGCUCCAACUCACGCAAGGGCAGGAAAGGGAGCGUCAACUCCAAAGAGGGCCGUAGCCACAGCCGGGAGGAGAGUGGAAGCCCCAGCAGCCGCGCCUCGUCUCACAAAGGACAAUCGCAAGCAAAGUCCAAGAGCGGACGAUCCCGCGACAGCGGCAGCGCCUUGGCCUCGGCGGCGCACACGGGGCAGCACCAUCAUGGCAGCUCUGCGGGCCACACCUCGUCUCCAAUGGUAUCGCCAACGGACGCUUUCGACAUGAGCGCAAUGUCAACGGGAAUGACCAGCGACAUGUACGGAUCGCCGACGAUGUCGCAGUUUGACACGAGCCACUAUUCUGCCUACCAGCAGGGAGGAUGGUCAGGAUUCGACGACGCGGCAAACGCGGUGGUGACCACUGCGAUGGACUCAACAUACGUGGCAACGACCAGCCCAAUGUAUGGAAAUGAGUACGGCGCCUACGACGCAUACCAGGGAUACCAGUACCCAAACAUGGACCAACGAUACUGGCCGCAAUGA